ACGGGACUGGGCAUGGAGGUCAUGGCUCCCGCCACCAUCAAUGCCUUGAAUGGCUCCUCCGUGAAGCUCUCUUGCACCUUCAACUCCUGCUACAAGGUGGAGAACAAGCAGUUCUCCCUCAACUGGACGUACCAGGAGUGCAGGAACUGCUCUGAGGAGCUGUUCCUGCAGUUCCGGAUGAAGAUCAUGAACAAGCAGCUGGACCGCUUUGGGAACCGGGUGGAGUUCACCGGGAACCCCACCAAGUACGAUGUGUCCUUCACCCUCAAAAACGUGCAGCUGGAGGACGAGGGCACCUACAAUUGCUAUGUCCUGAACCCCCCGGACCGGCAUCGGGGCCACGCCAGCAUCAGUCUGAAGGUGCUCACCAAAGAGCCCCCGAAGCACGACUCGACAGUGGCUGUCAUCGUGGGUGCCUCUGUAGGUGGCUUCUUGGCCGUGGUGAUCCUGGUGCUGAUGGUGGUGAAAUGCGUGCGCCGGAAAAAGCAGCAGAGGCUGAACACGGACGACCAGAAGACGGAAGAGGAAGGGAAGACAGACGGCGAAGGCAACCCGGACGAGGGCACCAAGUAACACCCCCCUGCCCGCCCCUCCCUCUUCACCCCUGUACAGCGUGACCCCCUUGAUGUGCUUCCCAGAGCGAGGAUUUCUGUCUCCCCAGAGCAUCCCUCCUUCCAUCCAAAUACCCAACCCAGCCUGGAGCAGGGCGCGGAGAGAAGGUGGUCCCCGGAGCCUGGCCGCAGCGGGCAGGGGUGGGGAGGGUGGCUG